CCAUCAUGGCGCCCCCCAAGAAGCAAGCGUUGGAGAAUGUGCAGGGAUGUAAAGUUGUAGAACUCAAGUUCAACAAAGAGAGCACAGCCAAACACCAACUCCUGUGGAAGCAACAUGUUGUCAGAACCUAUGAUGUGCACAAGCCAGCAGAAAGAACUCUCUUUGUUGUGAAUGUUCCUCCUUACGUCACAGAAAGCGCUUUCAAGAAAUUGUUUUCACAGUAUGGCAAAGUUUUGAACGUCCACUUCCACAAGAAGCCCACUUCAGGCGCUCCACAGCAGUCAAAGUUUCCCAACCUGGACCCUGUGCCGCCUGUGCCGGGCUUCAAGGUGGCGUAUGUUGUGUUUUCUUCAUCGGAUGCAAUCAAAAAGGCAAUGGAAUCCUCAGGAACUGUACUAACUUUGUCAAACCAGGGGAAUCCUGUGCCGACAGGAAUCAAAAAGUGGUGUGCUAUGUAUAACAACUCAUUUAUAAGUAAAACAGUAAUGGCUGAAGAAAUCAAAAGUGUAAUGGAAGAUUUCGACAGAAGAAAAGAAACCGAGAAAAAUGGAAACACAGAGCCAGACGAGGACGGUUGGGUUACUGUUGUCAAUACGAAAAAGAAGCCUCGACAAGUUAAAGUUGACGAAUUGAAACAGAAGAGGAAUCGAAAGAAGAAAAAGCAGCAAAAGUUGGUCAACUUCUACAGUUUCCAGGACAGACAGACAAAAAUGGACCAUCUUGCACAACUUCGGAAGAAAUUCGAGGAAGAUAAGAAGAGGAUAACUCAAAUGAGGACGUCAAGAAAAUUCAAGCCAUACUGAAGCAGUUGGCGAAUCGGAGGACAGCAUUGUGGAUGACAAGAUAUCUAUUAAAUCUUUAUUACUGAA